AUGAUGCUCCCGAGAACAACACUCCUGGCUCUCCUGCCCUUUUUCAUCAAAGUCAACUCUCAAUCCUCGGGUACUGGAACGACGACCAGAUAUUGGGACUGCUGUAAAGCUUCCUGUGGCUGGUCAGGCAAGGCAACUCUAGCCAGCGGCUCCAACCCCGUGACAUCGUGCGACGCGCAGGACAACCCGCUCACGAACUACGACGCAGCAUCCGGGUGCAACUCUGGCACGAGCUACAUGUGCUCCGACCAAUCGCCCUGGGCCGUCUCCGACACGCUGAGCUACGGCUUCGCAGCGACGACGAUCUCGGGCGGGUCCGAGGCGUCGUGGUGUUGUGCGUGCUACGAGUUGACGUUUACGUCGGGCGCGGUGCAGGGGAAGAAAAUGAUCGUGCAGGCUACGAAUACGGGGGGGGAUUUGGGGGCCAACCAGUUUGAUCUCGCUAUACCCGGUGGCGGCUUCGGCCUCUUCAACGGCUGCACCGCCGAAUGGGGAACCCCCUCCACGGGAUGGGGACAGCAGUACGGCGGCAUCUCAGCGCGAGCUGACUGUGACGCCUUUCCCGAUAAGCUGAAGGCGGCGUGUUACUGGCGCUUUGACUGGUUUGGCAAUUCGGACAACCCAGGGGUCACGUUUGAGCAGGUGGCGUGCCCGGCUGCACUGACGGCUAAGUCGGGGUGUGUGAGAGAGAGCGACGCUAUUGACGAGACGCCUACGGGAGCUUCUUCCGUCUCAACGUGGACGUCUGGUGCAGCAGCUGUGGCGGCGACUUCGCCUGUCGCGCAGGUCGUGGCUGUGUCUUCGUCUUCGUCUUCGUCUUCGUCGUCCAUUGUCGCGGCUUCUACAACUGCGGCUGCAACGAGCGCUGUGGCUUCGUCGGGGGAGACGGUGCCUCAGUAUGGGAAGUGUGGUGGGGAUGGGUAUACGGGGUCGACUGAGUGCGCUGCUGGCUUUACUUGCAAGUGGUCGAAUGCGUAUUACUCGCAGUGUUUGUGA